ACGUAAUGUGGCGUCAGUAUUGUUUAUGUGCUGGUGAUGUCGAGUAGUCGCGUUACAUAGAUAAUAUAUUUAUAUAGGUUAAUAGGUAUAGUAAAUAAAUAGUGUAACAGUUAAUACCGUCGUCGUUGUUGUCGUCUUCUUUUCCGCGCGAUUGUUUUUCGGUCCAAAAGUAGGUAUUUUAUAAUAGAUUUAAUAAAAGGACGACUCUAUUGAAUUGUCUUCGUAUUACGAACUUAGAAACAUUCGUAUCGGCAAAGGCAAUUACGUGUUGCACGCUACAGACCACUUUCCGCCGGCCAAAAAUUGAUCACAGCAAUUACUUGUGAAAAUGGAAGUUGUCAUUGAACAAGGUGCUCUCCAUGGACAUCAAAACAAAACAUUACUGUCGAACAAACCUUAUGUCAGUUUUCUUGGCAUACCCUACGCCAAACCACCAGUUGACGACUUGAGAUUCAAGGCUCCAGUCAAACACCCGGGAUGGUCCGGUGUUCUAGAAGCUAUUUCAGAAGGAAACAAAUGCAUGCAGUACGCUUUCAUGACGGACCACAUCAUAGGAAGCGAAGAUUGUCUAUACCUGAACGUAUUGGUCCCACAGCAGAACGAACUGCAUGAAAAACUUGCUGUUAUGGUGUUCAUACACGGAGGAGCCUUUAAGUUUGGCUGUGGAUCAGUAAAUGAACACUGCCCCGAUUACUUGUUAGACGAGAACGUGAUUGUCGUCACUAUGAAUUAUCGUUUGAACGUCUUAGGUUUUCUAAACUUGGAUAUUGAUGAGUGUCCUGGUAACAUGGGCUUGAAAGAUCAACUAUUUGCAAUCAAAUGGAUAAAAGCAAAUAUAGCUGCGUUUGGGGGUGACGCCGACAAUAUCACUAUCUUCGGUGAAAGUGCUGGGUCAGCAUCUGUUCAUUAUCACACGAUGUCUCCACAAUCCACAGGUUUAUUCCAAAAGGCAAUCAUGCAAAGUGGAUGUGCCUUUAAUCCAUGGGCGUUCAAUGAAGAUCACAAAGUUACAGCAUUUAAGUUGGCCAAAAAUGUAGGAUGUUCAAGUAGUGAUCCCGAGGAAAUAGUAAAAUACUUAAAAAACGUACCUGCCAUUGAUUUGGUGAAAGGAACACAAUUUAAGGAUGAAACAGCUUUUAUGGAUUACAAGUUCGUACCAUCUAUUGAAAGUGACAGGGUCGGUAAUCCAUUUUUACCGGCUCAUCCUAAACAAUUAGUCAACGAUACAACUCCAGUACCCGUAAUCAUUGGCCUUAACAAUAUGGAAGGGAUUAUAGCAUUAAGUGAUUACAGAAUAGGUCAAUUUUCCGAUGAUCGCAUAACAGAUGAAAUAUCAGAACUGCUUAAAAAUCGGUACAGCACUGAAGUCAUAACUAAAAUAAAAGAUUUUUAUUUCAAUAAAUGUAGUAUUGAAUCUGAAACAACAAAAUUGGAACAAAUAUGUCACUUGCACAGUGAUGUAUUAUUUGUCAAAGACUUUUAUCGUGGCUUCGAUAAUUUCCUGAAACAAGGCGUCUCACCGGUUUACAAAUACGAAUUCAAAUUCGACGGAGAACUUAACGCUGUCAAAAACAUGGUUUUUGCUACGAGACCAAUACUUCGUCAAGCCAUAAAAGGUGCAUGUCAUGCGGACGAAAUUUAUUAUUUGUUCCAUAAUAAACUAUCUGGGGUCCUCCCAAAACCCAACUCUCCGGAACUCGAGAUGUGUAAGACGAUGGGUAAGAUGUGGUCCAAUUUCGCAAAAUCGGGCGAUCCCAAUUCGUCAGAUUUAAGUUUCAAAUGGAUUAACGCAAGCUUAAGUGACCCGAAGUACCUGUCAAUUGAUGGAGACAGGACACGUAUGGCCGAAGGGAUGUUAAACAGUAACAGAUUACGCCUUUGGCAAGACAUAUCGGGAUCCGUUGUUUAGUCUAUAACAAAAAUAAUUAUUUUCCUUAAUCAUACGUGAUUAUUAUAAUAUACAUUAUCUACAUAUAUAAAUAUAUUAUAACAUAUUGCUUGAUA